GAUUGGUCAGUGGGAGGUCCUUUGGAGCAAACAACCAGCCCAAAAACGAGCGCGCGGCCAUGUUGAAUUGUCAAUAUUCCGAAAGAAGAGACAAAAGAGUGAAAACUCGGUGGAUUUCUCGAAAGAGCGAGUGUUUACCAAACUCAAUUAAACUGCCGAUGAAACAUUACGCGACGGCGCAGCGGGGCAGACUUUGGGUGGAUGUUGCAAAUUGAAGGUAACCUGGAUUUUUUUUGUUUAUCGGCAUUUCCCAAAGCACUUGGCAGUCUGUCAUCUCAACUUCUGCUGCAGAACUGAAGGAAACCGGAACAAGAUAACCACAGACAUUUAAAGUGGACUAUCCAUGUAAAAAAACAAAAUUGCCAGAGUGACUUUUUUUUUGGUGCCAGUUUUGAGCCACGGCAACAAACUUUUUUUGUGGAUUUUUUUGAUAUCAAGGGAACAAAUCAUCAUAAGAGUCCGAGUCGUGACCAAGCAGAACGUAUUUUACUACUGGUCAUUUUGAAUGUGUAAACAUAGCACUUGGACUUCCAAGAUACUCAAAGAAAAUUCUGGAUCAUCAUUACAGCAAGGAUAAGAGUACUCCUUCAAACCGUUUUGACAGAAAAUAGUUUAUGUUUUGGUCACAUAUUUGAUUUAUUUAUUCAUAUGAAUGUUAAUUUCUCCCUUUUUUGGAGAGUUGUCUUGUAAAUAGACAGAAUUCAUACGCAGACCUCUUCUUUUCAAGAGGUUUGAACGUCAGAUUGUGUACAAAAUACAUUCUUUAAGAACAGAAAGAAAAAGGUUUUAUUUUUUUACACACUGGUGCAUUAAAGCAAAACAUCAGUGAAAAGAGGCAAAGAUAACAUACUGAGGAGAAUUGCCAGUUAAUGUGUUGAACCCAUGGCUACAGCAAGGACAGCAAACUCGGCACCAAUGAUUGGAUUGAACAAACCAGCAAAUGGGCAGCUCAGAGGACAGGCGGGACUCCUCGCGUCUGCCCAACAGCCCAAUGCCCUCCAGAAAAGGACUGGCAUUCCUCAAAGCAGUGGGGGCAUCAAGUUUGGUGAUGACUGGAAGAAGUGCCUGGAGCUUCCUCCAAGAGACACCAGGAUGAGAACUUCGGAUGUGACAUCAACUAAGGGAAAUGAAUUUGAAGACUACUGCCUAAAGCGUGAACUGCUUAUGGGAAUCUUUGAAAUGGGAUGGGAGAAACCGUCCCCUGUCCAGGAGGAAAGCAUCCCCAUCGCUCUGUCAGGCAGAGAUAUUUUGGCUCGGGCCAAGAAUGGCACAGGAAAAAGUGGAGCCUACCUCAUCCCCCUCCUGGAGAGGAUAGACCUGAAGAAGGAUCACAUACAGGCCAUAGUAAUGGUGCCAACAAGAGAGUUGGCCCUGCAGAUGAGCCAGAUCAGCAUUCAGCUCAGCAAGCACCUGGGAGGUGUCAAGGUCAUGGCUACCACAGGUGGCACCAAUUUGAGGGAUGACAUCAUGCGUCUUGAUGAGACAGUGCAUGUAGUGAUUGCUACUCCAGGCAGGAUACUAGACCUUAUCAAAAAGGGUGUGGCAAAAAUGGAUAAGGCCCAAUUGAUUGUGAUGGACGAGGCAGAUAAGCUGCUUUCCCAGGACUUUGUGGUUCUGAUAGAAGAUAUAAUCAGCUUCAUGCCAAGGGAUCGUCAGAUUCUGCUUUACUCUGCCACUUUUCCCAUCAGUGUGCAAAAAUUCAUGAGUAAGCACCUGAAGAAGCCUUAUGAGAUCAACCUGAUGGAGGAACUGACCUUGAAGGGCAUCACUCAGUACUAUGCCUAUGUGACAGAAAGACAAAAGGUUCACUGUCUCAACACACUGUUUUCUAGGCUUCAGAUCAAUCAGUCUAUCAUCUUCUGUAACUCAACCCAGAGAGUUGAGCUUCUGGCCAAGAAAAUCACCCAACUGGGGUAUUCGUGCUUCUACAUUCAUGCAAAGAUGAUGCAGGAAUACAGGAAUCGUGUGUUCCAUGACUUCAGGAAUGGAUUGUGCAGAAACCUGGUCUGCACAGACCUAUUCACUCGGGGAAUUGACAUUCAGGCAGUAAAUGUGGUCAUCAACUUUGACUUCCCCAAAAAUGCAGAGACCUACCUGCACCGCAUUGGAAGAUCAGGGCGGUUCGGUCAUCUGGGUCUGGCCAUCAAUCUGAUCACUUCAGAAGAUCGCUACAACCUGAAGAACAUUGAGGAUCAACUGGUCACUGACAUUAAGCCCAUCCCCAGUUGCAUUGAUAAGAGCCUGUAUGUGGCAGAGUUUCACUCUGUUGACCCAGAUGCAGAUGACGACAUUGGUGGUGGCGACAACGGCGGAGCCAAAAGCAAGGAACUGGGAGCAAUCUGAGUGACUGGAGAAACACGGCGCCUGGCAUUCAUCACAUAGUAUUGACGAGACAUGACACAAGAUUCCAAGGGAUGAUUUGUUUCCCAGUGGUCUAAUUUAAAUUUAUUUUCAUUUCCAGUUUGAGUUUACAAUAAUCUCCAGUUCUGUCUGUGCAUAUAUUAGUAAACUGGUAUCUUCCCAUUGCAACUUCAAUCAGUUGAACUUUCCGCCACAAUGCCAGCGAUGGGCACUGUACAUGUGAUUUGGUCUCCUGCUUAAGUCUGUCAUUGAACUCAGCCACUCUCGACAAUAGAUGGGACAUUGGCGCCAUUUGAACUUUUCUGUAAGCAUGACAAUGUGAAACCAAAGGUAGACUUAUAGGACAAAGCCCAGCUCACAUCCUUGCUGUGCAGAUGAACUACACAUGGCAGUGUGCCGAUCCUGCUGACAUGCCUUUUUGAGCAGAUGACAUAAAAGAAACCCACUCUUUUUUUUUUUUCUUUUUUCUACACUCAGUGGUUACUUUAUUGGAUACACCUGAAUAAUUUGUCAUGCCAGGGAUUUAAAAGCUGCUGGAAACAUUCCUUUUUUAAAUGAUGCUCUGUUCGUAUUACAUGGCCAAAAGUGUGCCAAAAUGAUAUUCUUAAAAAUAAUUCACCACCAGCUUGAAAUGUCAGAUUCAUGUUGUUUACACCAAAUUCUGACCCUGUCAUCUGCAUGGCCAGGUGACAUGUAUAUCAUUCAUCUGCUGUGCAGUGUAGGUGAGCCUGUCCUCUCGCCGCAGCUCUUUCUCUGCAUACCUCUGCUCUGACACAUAGGGAUUUGUUAGUCAACUUGAACCAGUCCAACCAUUCUCCUCUGACCUCCCUCAUUAACAAGGCACUUUUGCUGUCACAGUUGCCACUCGUGGGUGUGUGUUUUUGUUUCCUGUAAACUAGCUAGACUAGUGUGGAAAUUCAAGGAUGUCGGCACCAAGAAUCAUUCCAGUCAAAUUUCUUCCCUAUUCAGAUGUUUGGUCAGAAUAGUUUUUGCAUUUAGUAGCUGAUUUAGACAUUGAGCAGGUGCACCUGAUUAUGAGGCCACUGAGUGUAGUUAUUUUUGUAACUUUUGCCAUCAUUCCAGAUUGGUUAUAAAUAUAGUUUUGCUGAUUUUAUUUGAGGAUGCAGCGGGGAAAUAAGGCGGAUUGUACACACAUCCAUCCUUUUUUUUCUUUUUUAAGGAUACAAACUUGGGAGAUCUGACAGAGUUACAAAAGUAAGACUAGAGAUGGCUUUAGAAACCAAAAUGACCACUUUGUUCUUUGCGAUGGUAAAAAAAAAAAAAGGGCUGCUAUGGUGUUCCAGUAAAGCAUCUGAAACAGUGCUGCUGAUGGUGAAAUUGUUACUUUUUUAUAUUGAAGUGUUAACUGUGGAAAUAAGAAUUUAAAGAUGGCAGUGUAAUGUCAGUGACAUUGUAGUGCGUUUUGUCAAAGCACAGAUCCAAUAAUGACAAUGUCAGUAUUUAAUUGUUGAAGUACUUUGAUCCCUUUAAAGUCAAAACACCAGGCAGCAUUUUGUUAAGUCUUGAGGUUAUCAGUAAUUAACAUGACAGAAUGAGAUGGGUCUUAGUUUACAUGUUGUUACCGGCCAACUUGUUCCGUCAUGUCAAUGUAGAUUCUGUGUCUCUCCCCUCCAAAGUGCCUUAGUGUAACGUCAAACCUCUUACUUUGCCCAGACUCUUGUCCCAACUUUAUUGUAGGUAAAAUGGCACCCAAACAAUUCCUCAUUGGU